AUGUCUGACAGCCUGAUCAACAUACAAAGACUCUGCCGUAUGAGAGAUAAAUCUGAGGUCGAGCUCCUCGCCGACAUAGGCAAGAAGGGAAGGUGUAACUAUUCGAGGGCAGAUCUAAGCAAGUUAAUGAGAAUCAGGCAGCAACUCAUCGACUGUCCCAUCGAGGUCUGCGUGCUACAUCUCCCAUCUGCCCUCAACCUAGCCGAUGACGGCUCACGAGGGAGGAUGCCUUCUAGAGGGGCGAUCGAGCUACAGCUCCUAGAAGUAGCUCUGGCGUCCCCGAAUCAGCGUCCUUAUUAUUCUCCAAAGGAGAGGCAUUUCUACAACCAGAACGACGAGGAUAUGACCUUCACUGGCAUCGAAUGCGACGCCGUCUUGUGUGUGACAACUCCUCAGGCUGGGCCAUUGCCGCCCCCCUUACAGGACCACAUGCACCCUCAUACUCUGACAGAGUCAGAUAGGGAGACUAUUGAUAAGUCUAUCGACGAUUCGGUCGUGCAGGAUGGCUACUAUGGUGCGAUCCGCUCAUACCUUCUAGAUGGUUCUAUCGCACAAGGUAUAACUCCGGCCAGACUCAAACGACAGGCUACUAACUUCGAGUUGGAUGGUGAUGGUAGACUCUACAGAAUUGUUCGACAGCGGCCAGAUGCAACUUUGGUACGCCAAAGAGUAAUUUCCAGUCAUGCUCGUGCCCUCAUCGACAAGAUCAUCAUCACCCAUCAUCUGGAGUCUCAUCAUCUCGGACCUCAAAAACUUGCUCAUCGCCUAUCAGACCAUUUCUAUUGGCCUAGGCAACGCCGCACAGUAGCCAGAGCUCUCAAGUGCUGUAUUCCAUGCUUGAAGAGCAAUGCUAUCCGCCGGUUCAACUCGAGUGCAGGUCUCCAUCACGUAGCGGAUUUACGCCCUGGGCAAGUCCAAGCAUGUGAUAUAUACCUACCUUAUACGAAGGUCGACGAUGCGACUUCGGAUCGCAUUGUCGCUACUCUCGUUAUGACGGAUUUAGCAUCUGGCUUUCUAAGGGUCCAACCUCUCUAUGGUAAUGUCUCGUCGUCGACUGUAUGCUCUGCACUGGACCUACUCUAUGCGAAUGCUUAUCGUCCCACAGUCCUCAUCACUGAUAAUGCAAAGACAUUUGUCUCAACCCACACUGCUCGGUGGUGUCGUGACAGAUCUAUUUUGCAACUGGCAUGUCCGGUAUAUGCUCCUAACCUUGCCUAUUGGGAGCGCUCCCACAGGGAGUUAAGCCGGUGCUUGAAGGCCUGUCUGUUGGACCCCAAUAUCGCUGGCACCAGAUCGUGGUUCGACGCGCUGGUUCAAGUGGUUGAUCAUCUCAAUGAUGCCCCCUAUAGUUCGGAUUGUUGGUUGAGCCCUAGACUAGUAGCCCACCCACACUAUGACAUUGACCACUUCUACAACCCCGAAAACGCCUCAGUCGACAGUCUCGCCCAGAAGCUCACAUCCGUUAGCCAGCCAGCAGUGGCUCGAAGAAUCCGUGAUGAGGGUAAGAAGGUCUACACUCUGCGUAUGUUGGAUUACUUCAACCACUGGGCUAACUUCAAGGAGGCAAGCCGGGCCAGAACAUUGGCACAUCACGGCCGGCCAUGUGAUCUGAAGAAGGGCGAUACCGUGUUUCACCUAACUGGUCAGGCUUCUAAACUAGCGACUAGAGUGGCCGGCCCAUUUAUUGUGGAGUCUAUCGACGAGAACCACAAAGGUACAGUCAUUAUCCGAGGCGCUAACCAUUCUACUAGUCGUGUUUGGGUAUCUAACCUCAUUAAAGUUCCACCGCUCACAUCAUCCACAGCUGCUGAAGCACAAGCUGGGCCCACUUCCACUCCAAGGCCAGAUCUGUCGCCCGAUGGUUAUGCUUGGACGCUGGAUCAUCUUCCACCAGUUCAAGUCCUUCCUCCACCGAAUUAUUCUGGUCCGAGACGGUGA